AUGGGUCGCUUUCCAUGGAGUCAGGGACACUCGAAGCAAGCCAGCGAUAAACUGCAUGCUGUCGCUCAUGACUGGUUUUCAAAAGACACCGCCGAAUCAUCGAGACAGGCCUUGACUGAGUUAGUCAAAGAACAUAACUACUUGGAGUCUGGAUCAGGUGACGUGUCGCCAAAAGAUCGGGGAAGGUCACGAACAAACACUGUUGGGUCGUCGUUCUCCUUUUAUGCUCGGUCAUUAUCAGACACCUCAAACGACCUUACUUCCAGACCGACAUCUCGGCAAAGUUUUGCUGAUGCAGGGCUUCCUCCGACCGAGCGUUACGAUAAUACCGCCAAAAACUUGUUGGCAAAAGGAACGCGCAUGUUGAAGCGGCAAGGAAGUAAACUCAAUCUCCUUCCUUCGCAGAUCCAGGAUAAGGAUAGAUCCGUCGAUGGCUCUGAUGAAAGAGCUGGGGAGAUGACACCAAUCAAAGGGCUUCAGCGACAGCUCACUAUGAGCUCGAAACGUACCGAUUUGAAAAAGAGUAUAUCAGGACCAUUCGAGUUUAAACAUUUGACCCAUGGAGAUCAAGCUCAUUUCCGCAGCCUCGACACGGUCGCCACCACGGAAUUGAGUUCGGAAUUCGAUGCCUUCCAGGCUGAUCAACACCCCGUUGACCAGAUUCGUGGAAUUCCAGUCACAGACUUGCCUACCCAGAAGCCCGAACCUGAAGUCAAUGUCGAAUCUGACGAGCCUACCUCACCAACUACCAAUGCCAUUCCCUACCUUCCAGUAACGCCUCCACGUCCGAGUCCCCCGCCAAAGGACAGCUUGAUGUCGCCAUAUAGCCCCACCAAUUUUCGAAUGUCCCGUUCGAUGGAGAAUUUCUCGCGCCCAACCAGGAUGUCUAUCACGGCCAACGACAUUUCUCUGCCUUCUGAUGCCCCGAAGAGGCUAUCAGCAAUGAGCCCCAUCAGCCGAAAUAGUGUCCUGGGCAAACCGCUUCCCGUACUUCCCGAUGUCGUCCAUGCUGUGUCCACCAGGGAUGAUAGUGCUCUUCCUCUUCGUACGGCCCCACUACCUACACCACCAAAGACGGUCAUGGAGCCUGUGGUGGAGGAAGGAAAGGUCGUGGAGCAGGUUUCACCAACCACCGACGGCAAUACCACGCGACAGGCUCAUGGAAGUUUGCUGGCCUCUCCGACUCCCAGACAGCACAAGCGACGAAGCCAGUCAUCGGGUGAGAUUCACUUGGACGCUGCAUACUAUAAUAUCAUGUCGACGGCCUCGACUCCUGAGGCAUCUGCAGCCAAGACCGAUCAUCGAGCAAGCAGCAAAUCUAAGAAUCGUAUUUCGAUCGGGUUGAAACCUAUUGAUAUUGCGGAUUGGGAAGAUGCCAUCGACUAUUCCUGGGACCACGCCACGGACCUCGAAGAUGGAGAAGACAAGAGCGAUUCAGACGCCACCCUUGAUCAAUCAAGAGCCCCUAGCAUUCCACGCGAAAAUUACUUGCUUGUCGAGCAAUCAUCCAUCGACGAGGCCUCUUCGUCAGCUUCAACUCCGUUGAUGAUGCAAGUGCCAAAUAAACCGGUCCAGUCAGGGCCAGCACAGCCAGGACCGACACCCUUGCCCUCAUGCCAUGAGGAGCCUGCUUCUCCGCUUCUUGGGUUGGGAAUUGACUCCCUUCAACCGGUCCCAACUGUUUCUUUGUCUGUGUCUACUCAAGCUGGUCAGGCAGAAAACCAUUUCAGUUCUACAGACAUCUUCCGCCCCCGGACCAUGAAGAGUCCAAAGUCGACCAUGAGCAAGUCCAGUUCGCAGGAAAGUAUCAUUCUCUCCAUCGCCUCUUCCAUCAUUGGGACGCAUAGAUCCUCGAAUUCAAGCACGAGUCUGUCUGAUUUCACCCAUCUCGCAAGUUUUGGAGAAUCUGGAGAGAACCUGAAGCUGGAGCUUCAAGACCUGCCAGCACCUGUUGAGAAUCCUCUCCGAGAGAGCAGUCAAGAAACCAUCCGUGAAGAGCCCAAGGAUACACCAACGUCAACUGACAUCGAAUCCAAAAUGAUUUUUAGUCCCUCCCCAACGAUACGACACGACCGUGGAAAGUCGGCGUCUCAAAUUUCCAUUCCGGAAAGAACGUCAUCAAUGCCUGGUGUUGACAUAUCCAAAACUCAGGCUGGUCGUAAACGGGCAGGAACGGCAAGCUCUCGCCCUCGACGAAAUACCCGGGUCUCCUAUUCAUUAUUUCCGACAACACCAUCCACUGGCAAUUAA